AGGAAAAGAGGCGUAACAAUAUCAAAGACUUCUUGAACAUUGCAGGGCCGAUGGGAGUUACACAUUUCCUCGUAUUAUCAAAAACUGAAACUGCACCAUAUUUGAGGGUUGCCAGAACUCUGCAAGGCCCAACUCUAACAUUUAAAAUACAAGAGUACUCGUUGGCAGUUGAUGUUGCUCAUUCUCAAGUACGCCCAAGAUGUCCUCAAGACCUUUUCAAAAACCCACCCUUGAUUGUUCUUUGAUUCUUUCUGGUUUUGGGACGGGGGAGCAACACCUGAAGCUUACAACUAUUAUGUUUCAGAACAUCUUUCCAGGCAUUGAUAUUAACACUGUGAAACUUUCUUCGUGUGAGAGAAUUGUGCUGCUAAACUAUAGUAAGGAGACAAAGCUAAUUGAUUUUCGGCAUUACUCCAUCAGGCUACAACCUGUUGGGGUCUCACGCAGAAUCAGAAAGUUUGUGCAGAAUCAUCAAGUUCCUGAUUUAAGAAGUCUUCAAGAUGUGAGUGACUUUGUCACCAAGGCUGGUUAUGGAUCAGAAAGCGAAGCAGAUGAAGAAGCGGCAACUAUAAGUCUACCAAGUGAUCUCGGUAGAGUUAACCGAGCUUCCACAAAAAGUGCUGUCUAGCUUCAAGAGAUUGGAACCAGGAUGACUCUUCAACUCAUGAAAGUAGAGGAAGGAUUGUGUUCUGGUGGCGUCAUAUUCAGUGAAUAUGGAGAUUAUGGCAAACAGAAAACAAAGGAAACUGAGGUAGAGCAAAAGCAAGAAGAUGAGGAAGUUAUGGUGGAAGAUUAGCUGUAAACCAUCUUCAAACAAAAAUAGGAGGCGGUUCUUAUUGUAUUUUGAGGAUACUUUUGUAUGACAGUUUCGAGUCAUUUGGCUGGUCUCUCUUGCUAGGGGUGAGCAAAAAAUCCGUCAAACCGCGAAUCCAGUCCAAACCAAUCCAAACCGAAAGAUUUGGUUCGGUUUUGUAGUAGUAUGGUUUGGUCAUGGUUUAAAAAAAUUAGAAAUCAUGUUAUAUGGUUUGGUUUACGGGUUCACG